AUGGUGGACUCAUCUGGCCAUGGCUUGCUGAAGCCUCUGCAAAAACUGAGUGAUGAGGAAUUCUGGAGUUUUAAAGAGCUUCUCAGGAAAGAGCCAGAGAAAUUUAAACUCAAACCAAUAUCCUGGACGAAACUUGAAAAUGCUUCCAGAGAAGACCUGAUAAUGCUAUUGAACACACAUUAUCCAGGACACACAUGGGAUAUGGUGCUGAGCCUGUUUCUACAGGUCAAUCGUGAAGAUCUCUCAAUCAUGGCUCAGAAAAAGAGGAGACAUAAACAAAGUAAAUACAAAAAGUUUAUGAAGACUACAUUUCAAACAAUAUGGACAUCGGAGACCAACACUCAUAUACCUGAUAGAAACUAUCAUGUAAUUAUAGAACCCCAGUACAAAGCAUUGCAGACCAUAUUUGAUUCUGAGUCGGAGCCAGUCACUGCAGUUAUAACAGGUCGAAUAGGAGAAGGAAAAACCACUUUCUUAAAAAAAGCAAUGUUGGAUUGGGCCUCAGGAGUUUUAUGGCAGAAUCAUUUUCAGUAUGUUUUCUUCUUCUCUGUCUUCUCACUUAACAAUAUCACAGAGUUAAGCUUAGCUGAGCUUAUCUCAAGUAAGUUGCCUGAGUCUUCAGAGACACUGGAUGACAUUUUAUCUGAUCCAAAGAGAAUCUUAUUUAUCCUGGAUGGAUUUGAUUACCUGAAAUUUGACCUGCAACUCAGGACAAACUUAUGCAAUGACUGGAGGAAGAGGCUGCCAACACAAUUUGUCUUGAGUAGUUUGCUACAGAAAAUAAUGCUCCCAGAAUGCUCUCUGCUUCUUGAAUUGGGACAAAGAAGUCUACCAAAAACCUGUCGUUUGCUGCAGUAUCCAAGGUUGAUACCUAUUGUAGGAUUCUCUAAACAGUCUGUAGAGUCCUAUUGUGUGUCCUUCUUUGGUAACGAGAAAGGCGAAGAAGUCUCUGAGAACUUAAGGAAUAAUAAAUUAAUUCAUUUAUGUAAUAAUCCUUAUCUAUGCUGGAUGUUCUGUAGUUGUUUAAAGUGGCAACUUGACAUGGAGGAGGAAGGGUACAUUAGGGCUAAAACAGAUUCAGGUUUCUUCACAUACUUUAUGGUUAGUGCAUUCAAAUCAGCAUAUGCCAGUAGUCCAUCUAAACAAAACAGAGCCAAGUUAAAGACCCUGUGCACCUUGGCUGUAGAAGGAAUAUGGGAAAAGUUGUUUGUUUUUGACUCUGAAGAUCUCAGGAGGAAUGGGAUAUCUGAAUUAGAUAAGGCAGUAUGGCUGAGAAUGAAAUUUCUCCAGAAUCGUGGUAACCACACUGUGUUUUAUCAUCCUACACUACAAGCAUAUUUUGCUGCCAUGUUCUAUUUCCUCAGACAAGACAAAGACACACAUGUCCCAGUCAUUGGAAGCAUACCUGAACUUCUAGGAAAAAUGUAUGCUUAUGACCAGACCCAGUGGCUCCAGACAGGGAUAUUUUUGUUUGGAAUUGCCAGUGAACAAGUCGCUUCCUUGCUCAAUCCAAACUUUGGAUUUAUACAACCCAAAGAUGUAAGACAGGAAAUCAUUACAUACCUUAAAAGUCUCAGUCAACAAGAGUGCAGUGAGAAACUGGAAAGACCUGAGAAUUUGUUCACCUGUCUACGUGACCACCAGGAGGAAAGAUUUGUAAGACAAGUGAUAGACCUAUUUGAAGAAAUUACUGUUGAUAUUCGUAAUUCAGAAGUAUUGUCAAUGACUGCAUGCAAUCUGCAGAAAUCCUCCAAACUAAAGAAACUUCAUCUGCAUAUACGAAAGAGAGUUUUUUCAGAAAUCUUAGACCCAGAAUUUUGUAACAUAGAAAUCUUUACAGACAACAGACUAAAAGCAACCAGAUAUUGGGAAAUGUUAUGCAGCAUUUUCUGCAACUUACAUUUGUUGGAUCUGGACAGCUGUCAUUUCAAUAAAAUGGCCAUACAGGAUCUCUGUAAUUCAAUGUCUCCAUCGCCUAGGGUGCCUCUUACUGCUUUUAAGCUCCAAAGCAUGUCGUGUUCCUUCAUGACUAACUAUGGAGAUGGUUCAUUAUUUCACACCCUUCUUCAGCUACCUCACCUGAAAUACCUCAACCUGUAUGGCACUAAUCUCUCCAAAGAUGUGAUUGAGAGUCUGUGCUCGGCUCUGAGAUGCUCGGCAUGCCAAGUUGAGGAGCUGCUGUUGGGUAAAUGUGACAUCUCAAGUGAGGCAUGUGGCAUAAUUGCUACUUCCCUUAUCAACUCUAAGGUGAAACAUCUCUCACUGGUUGAAAAUCCCUUGAAGAGCAAAGGAGUGAUGUCACUGUGUGAGACACUGAAAGAUCCAAGCUGUGUGCUGGAGACACUGAUGUUGUCUUACUGCUGUCUCACAUUCAUUGCCUGUGGCCAUCUUUAUGAAGCCCUUUUGAGCAACAAACAUCUCUCCCUGCUUGAUUUGGGGUCAAAUUUCCUGGAAGAUGCUGGAGUGAAACUUUUGUGUGAGGCUUUGAAAGACCCAAACUGCACCCUUGAGGAGUUAUGGUUGUCGGGUUGCUUUUUAACUUCAGAAUGCUGUAAAGAGAUAUCUGCUGUCCUUACUUGCAAUAAAAGUCUAAAGACCCUGAAACUGGGCAACAAUAACAUACAAGACUCUGGUGUCAAACAGUUAUGUGAAGCUCUGCGCCAUCCUAACUGUAAAUUGGAGUGUCUUGGGUUAGAGCUGUGUAAGUUCACCAGUGACUGUUGUGAAGACCUAGCCUUGACUCUCAUCACCUGCAAAACACUGAACAGCUUAAAUCUGGACUGGAAAACCUUGGACCACUCUGGGCUGGUGGUGCUCUGUGAGGCUUUGAGUCACAAAAGAUGUAAACUGGAGAUGCUUGGUCUAGAUAAAUCUGCAUUUUCUGAGGAAUCACAGACAUUACUGCAAGCUUUGGAAAUGAAAAAUACUAAUCUGAAUAUUUUGCAUUAUCCCUGGGUUGAAGAGGAACGCAAGAAGAGAGGUGUUCGUCUGAUAUGGAAGAGCAAGAAUUGA